AUGGCGACCAAUAUGGUGGUCGAGGAUACGAGCUUCGAGGAUGAUCAGCUGGCCGCGAUGACCACCGACGACAUUGUCAGGGCCACCCAUCUUCUGGACAACGAGAUCCGAAUUCUCAAGGAAGAAUUGCAAAGAACAAACUUGGAGCUAGAUUCAUACAAGGAAAAGAUAAAGGAGAAUCAGGAAACGAUUAAGCUCAAUAAGCAGUUGCCCUGCUUGGUCGGCAACAUUGUUGAGAUGAUGAGUUUGUUGUUAUUCAAAAAUUACCUGGUUCUGACUGAUGAAGCUGAGGAAGAUGGGGCAAACAUUUAUCUUGACUCACAAAGAAAGGGCAAGUGUGUUGUUUUGAAAACAUCUACUCGUCAGACAAUCUUUCUGCCUGCUGUUGGGCUUGUUGACCCUGAUAAAUUAAAGCCUGGAGGUCUUGUUGGUGUGAACAAAGAUAGUUACCUGAUCUUGGAUACUCUGCCAUCCGAGUAUGAUUCAUGAGUGCAGGCUAUGGAGGUUGAUGAGAAACCAACUGAAGAUUACAAUGAUAUUGGAGGGCUAGAGAAACAGAUUGAAGAACUGGUUGAGGCAAUUAUUUUACCCAUGACCCACAAGGAGCGUUUUCAGAAAUUAGGGGUUCGCCCACCAAAGGAAGUUCUUUUGUAUGGACCUCCUGGAACUGGUAAAACUUUAAUGGCCCGGGCUUGUGCUGCACAAACGAAUGCCACUUUUCUGAAACUUGCAGGCCCACAACUGGUUCAGAUUUUUUUCAUUCAAGAAUCUCCUGGUAAUGGGCUUCCGGUUGAGAAAAUUCCUAAAGAAAAUUCAGAUUUUGAUCGUGCAGUUUCGUUGUCCUUGAAGACAGCAGAACAAGAGAAAGCAAUACGUGAGAUGCAGCUGAACGACAGGAAUCAAGAUCCAGGAGUUUAUAGUACACGGAAGUUUCAUUUCAGCAAGGAAUUAAGGUCAUCACAGCAAAAUGGAGCUGAAGUUGUAGAGCAGCAAUUAGUUAGUGAAGAGUCUAAGCGUGAUGAUGGUAGUCAUCUUCAGCAGGGAAAACUGGUAGCUCACAGUGAUGUGUUGGGAAGCUUAUCUCCAAAAGAGCUUGACGAAGCAAUUAUGCUUGAGACUGCACUUUUUGGUAAAUCUCCAUACACCUAA